AGAUGAACGGAACGGAAGGAGCAGAGCGCGGCACGCGUAUACGUCACCCCUGAGAGAUUAGGCGAGAAGCUUAAACACCGGCUCCGGUGGCGUUUCCGAGUCUGGGUGCCUUACCUGUGUGACCCUAAGCAAACGGCUGGCGGCGUCCGGCACGCUGGAACGCGUCCAGGAGGGUUCGGCAGGUAUACAAGACCUUCUCGAACCAUUUUGUGCUUGGCCGUCGUACGUCUUUUUCUCCCACCACCUAUCGCUCGUUCGAACGCUCUUGAAGGGUGACACCCACCCCUCGUGAAGGGCCUUUCGGGAGGGGUGAAUUUUCGUGGCCGGUUUCACGUUCUGGCGUAUUCGCAGUCAGCCACAGGAUCCUAAGCGUCACGGUGUUAGUCAGAUCUAACGGACACCUUGACAAGCCUCGCGACGAACACUCGGCUUGACACGAAACGACAGGUCUCCAGAUCAGUGCGCGGAAGUGCUCGCAGAGAAAAAUAGAGAGAGAAAGAGAGACAGAGACGGUUACAGGUCUUCGCUCGAUAACGUUGACCGGCUCCGUUACGGUUCGCCGAACGUCGAUUCCACAAGGGUGACGCGGUGAUCAGUGACCGUUAUCGAAACACCCCGGAAGGAUCGCGCUUAAAUCCCAGGACGAUCUUAUCAAGCGAUUAGCGUCGGGGUCAUGCACACGACCCCGUGAGUGCGACUCGAGGGGGAGCCGAGAGUAAGUUCGCGUCGACGAAGGAUCGAGAGCGCGGGUAGUAUUCGCGAGAAGAUGUUCGUUCAGUGAUAGUUGGUGUCCACGGUGCUAGUCCACGAUCGGAGAUAAGAGACGAGAGCGGAUCUUGCGCGCGGGACAUUCCGGGAUCACGUAGACACACGCGAGACACGCCGGAAGAUGAGGCUCUGGAUGUUUCUGGCCGUGCUCUCGGCGACGGUUCACGCGUCGCUGGAGGAGAUCACCAGAAACAAGAAUCGCGGCAGGGGAUCCACGUGGUGGGGUAUUGCAAAAGCGGGCGAACCCAACAAUUUUUUACCGAUGUCACCAGGUUCCAUACACAUAGAACCGGUCUACGCGUCCCUGAGAAGAAAGCAGAGGAGGCUCGUUAGAGAAAAUCCGGGAGUGCUGAUGGCGGUGUCAAGGGGCGCGAACCAAGCCAUCAGCGAAUGCCAAUAUCAGUUUCGCAACCGGCGGUGGAACUGUUCGACGAAAAAUUUUCUCAGAGGGAAAAAUCUCUUCGGCAAGAUCGUCGACAGAGGAUGUCGAGAGACCGCUUUCGUCUACGCCAUCACGAGUGCGGCAGUGACUCACAGUAUCGCGAGGGCAUGUAGCGAGGGCAGCAUUCAAUCGUGCUCCUGCGAUUACACUCACCAAUCACGCGCAUCAUCCGCCGUUCGAGAUUGGGAAUGGGGUGGUUGCUCGGAUAACAUUGGAUACGGUUUCAAGUUCUCUCGCGACUUCGUCGACACUGGCGAACGUGGUCGGAAUCUCCGCGAGAAGAUGAACCUACACAAUAACGAAGCCGGCAGAGCACACGUAACUUCGGAGAUGCAUCAGGAGUGCAAGUGCCACGGCAUGUCGGGCUCGUGCACGGUGAAGACCUGCUGGAUGCGACUGCCGAAUUUCCGCGUGGUCGGCGACAAUCUGAAGGAUCGCUUCGACGGGGCUUCUCGGGUAAUGGUCAGUAAUUCGGACCGCGCGCGCGUUAACAACAAUGCCAUCACGAGCAACUCGGCGAGCAACUCGGUGCACCAGCAUCGCGACGGUCUCGGACGCCGGCAACGCUACAACUUCCAGUUGAAGCCGUACAAUCCGGAGCACAAGCCGCCCGGGCAGAAGGAUCUCGUCUAUGUGGAGCCGUCGCCGCCGUUCUGCGAGAAGAAUCCCAAACUCGGCAUCCUGGGCACUCAAGGGCGGCAGUGCAACGACACGAGCAUCGGCGUCGACGGUUGCGACCUCAUGUGCUGCGGCAGGGGCCACAGGACUCAGGAGGUGACGGUAAUCGAGAGGUGCUCCUGCACCUUCCACUGGUGCUGCGAGGUCAAGUGUCAGCUGUGCAGGACAAAAAAGACGAUACACACGUGUCACUGAAGAGGCAACUCGCGAGGUACCUCUGAGUCUUGAUUAUCUUCGAGGCAACCUUCGUGCAGGGUUCAAACGAUCAAAGCUGGAACUUUCUCUGUUUACGCGACAACCCUGGAUAAAACGGUGAGGAAUUUUUUUUUCGAGAGACGAGACUACUCUUCUUUUUAGCUCAAAAGACUCCGAUAGUCUCUCUCGUGGACGACCCGGUCUGGUUUCCGCGGGAAACUCUGCCAGGAGUCUUGCCGGACGGGAUCGAAGUCGUCGUGGAGUCCCGCGCGAACCCGCGCGAUCUC